UUCAUUUGUAUGCUCGGUAUCUAGACCAUUAGGUGGUAGUAUCGUGCAAGAGCAAACAGCGCGAGACCUCUCUUGCGCGACCCGGUACUAAUACUCUGAGUGACGUCGCUACUUCCUCUUUGCUCCUGCGCCGCGAGGGCAACCAUGGUGAACGUACCGAAGACCCGCAGGACAUACUGCAAAAAAUGCAAGAAGCACCAGCCACAUAAAGUGACCCAGUACAAGAAGGGCAAAGACUCUCUGUACGCCCAGGGAAAGAGGCGUUACGACAGAAAGCAGAGUGGUUAUGGAGGACAGACAAAGCCUAUUUUCCGAAAAAAGGCUAAAACCACGAAGAAGAUUGUGCUGAGGCUGGAAUGCGUGGAGCCCAACUGCCGCUCAAAGAGGAUGUUGGCCAUUAAGAGAUGCAAACAUUUUGAGCUGGGAGGAGACAAGAAGAGAAAGGGCCAGGUCAUCCAGUUCUGAGCUGGGCCAAGUGCUUCUUUUGUGGUUUACCAUCACUGUCAAUAAAAGUUGUAUACAGUUA